AUGGCAAUCAAUGCCAGCAUCAUCGCUCUCCUAUCUCUGGUGUUCUUGUCGGUGCACGGUUGCGUUGCCGCACAGCACGACACCGGGCCGUCCCCCAACCCCACGGUGAGUAGCCACAGCUUCAGCCCCGCCGCGGCACUCGUCGUCGUCUUUUUGGUGCUCCUCUUUUUCGCCGUUGGCUUCUCCUCCAUCUACAUCCACCGGUGCUCCGACUCGCCACUGCCCCUGCCCAUUGCGUCCGUAUCCACUCCAGCUCCCCGCUUCUUCUCGGUCUACAUCGGGGCAGCCCUUUUCGUCCACUCUCGGCGUCCCGGCCUCGACCCACAAGUGAUGGACGUGCUCCCAACGUUUGCCUACGGAGAAGCGAACGGAAGGGAGGAUUGGAUCGGAGGAGUGGAGGAAUGUGCGGUUUGUUUGAGCGAGUUCGAGGAGUCGGACACGCUCCGCCUGUUGCCGCAGUGCGGUCACGCUUUCCACAUCCCGUGCAUCGACAAGUGGUUGGUGAAACACUUCGCUUGCCCCGUUUGCCGGAGCACCGUCGCGGUUGAGUGA